UGUGUAGCAUUUUGCAUAUGUGCAUGUAAACAGUAACAUGGUUCAUCGAAUUAUUUAAAUUAGGUAGCGUAAGAUUUUACAAUUUUGCGUACUAAGCUGGAAAUGAUAAUUAUUUUAUAUAUAUUAAAUGGAUCAGAUUUAAUAGAGGAAGUUAAGAUACCAAGGGAGACAAAUCUAGACAUACUCUGCAAGCUACAAUCACAGUUACAGUUCUUCAUCUAAGGGACACAAUCACAAACCAACAGAAAUAAUCAGCCAUAUGGACUUACUUCCCUUUGAUAAAAAGCUUAUCAUGGGAAAGAGAAAUUUAAGUGAAUUGAUAUUUUCAGUAUAGUUUUAAGACAUUUGAUUAAUUUGUGAUAUUUUUUAUAAUUUAUACAAAAAAAACUGUGCCUGACCAAUACAUUAAAAAACAACGAUGUCAUCAAGUCCAGUAACAAACCACUGCCCACAUCCAAACUCUGCCCCUUUACAUAGAAUACCAAAUGCCCACAAGAGAAGCAUUCCAGAUAGAAUCCAGCGUGAUCCGGUUGUCCAGGCAACGAUACCAAGGGUAAUGAGUACAUCGGCACUCAGAAUACCGAAACAACGGAAUUCCUUUUGGCAGAGGCAUGCCGAGGAUCUUAUAGUUACACCAUUUGCUCAAGUAUUAGCAAGUUUACGCAGUGUACGCAAUAACUACAUCACUUUAACCAAUGUACAGGCCUCCAGAGAAAG